CUUGUGUUUAUUUUAUUCCCUUCGUCAUGCUUAACUCAACCUGCCAUGACCAUCCACAUCCUUGGAACCCAAGUUGUUGGAGGCAGGAAAGUAAUGGCUGAAAGUCACUCUGAAGUCAUAAGUGCCAGAGGUGCCGAAGUGACCUCCAAGUCAUACCAGGGAUUGCCGUCGUCUACUGUACCUGCGACUGCUGUUGCUGCUGCGAGGGGGACAAGGGGCGGCGUUCGGAAAGUUGGCCACACCACAACGAGUGGUGGGACUGAUAACGCAGGACGUCGUUCUGGUUCAGGUGGAUCAGGAUCAGGAUCGAGGUCGGGCAGGUCAACGCCCAGUGUGACUGUUCGACCAGCUGAGGAAGAUGACUACGACCCACUCGAUAUGAUAGGUCAUGCUGCUGAAGAAGAUGGACCUUGCUCAAAAAGAAGGACGCAUACAACUACGACAACCAUGAAGGCGAAACGGGAUGAGGUGGAAGGCGGCGUUGCUGGUCUGGCGGGUCGCACCAGGCGAGCGCCGACACCAUCGAUGGUUAAACCCCCCACGACAGGUGCUACUAAGGCUAGAACUUCUACGACGAGGAAGAAAGCGGGUUCGACGGCAACUACAAAAGCUGUUCCGGAAGUGAGCUCCAAGGUUGUGGAUAAAGAGAAUACGCCGUCGAAAAAGGACGAGAGUGACAACAACGACAACAACGACUACUACUACUACUCACACAAGACAGGGUACUUCGGCAGGCGCGAUGUCGAAGGAGGGGGAAAAGUAGGAGUGUGGUGGUGCGAAGACCAGGACCACGAAAGCGACGACACGAUCCAGGGCAUGAUAAUCUUUUUUCUGAUUUCAGGAAGCAAGAGGUUAUUUGUUUUGUGUAGUCCCGAAGAUGGCACAGAAGGAAUACCUCACGCAACCUUGAAAACAAAAAUGUGGUGUAUGUCAUUAGAGAGCGAUGGAGAGGCCGAAUUUGGAUGCACGUACAGAUGUAGUACUGCCCUCCCGAAUGCCCAGAACCCGGAGCGGGGUCCCGGGCUUUCCAUAACGAUACACACUUUCAAACAGUGCUCGAAUAACACCCCCAGAUGGCGCCCAGAACACAGCAAGAGGACUGGCUAUCUUUGCAUGCUGGAGAUAAUCGAUUGGCGCCCUCUCCAAACUACCGCAAUGUCUAGGGCCCCUAAGGCACUCAAAUCCUUGGGUAAUGGCAAUUUGAAAUGUGGGCGCCAAUCCGCCAACCACGGAUUGCAAAUUGCAGAAGCCGGGGGGCACGAAGGCCUAAAACCAAUCGAUGAUGGGACACUGACUCAGCUGUGA